UCUCAGUUGCUGGCAUGCCACCCCAAGCCCAGGCUCGGCAGAGACUUCUGAUCAAAGGGGGCAAAGUUGUGAAUGAUGACCUCUCUGUGGUGGCUGAUGUGUACGUGGAAGAUGGAGUGGUGCAGCAGAUGGGACCAAACCUAAACCUGGAGCACUCCACUGGACUUCUUGUGCUGGAUGCGACCAACAAGCUGGUGAUCCCUGGGGGCAUUGAUACUCACACACACAUGGAGUUCCCUUUCAUGGGUAGCAGGUCAAAAGAUGACUUCUAUACUGGAACCAAGGCAGCUAUAGCAGGAGGAACCACUAUGAUCAUCGACUUUGCCAUCCCUCAGAAAGGUUGUUCUCUUACUGAAGCUUUUGAUACAUGGAAAAGCUGGGCAGACCCUAAAGUCUGCUGUGAUUAUUCAUUGCACGUGGCAGUUACAUGGUGGAGCAACAAGGUGAAGCAAGAAAUGAAAAGUCUUGUUCAAAACAAAGGUGUUAACUCCUUCAAGAUGUUUAUGGCCUAUAAAGAUAUAUACAUGGUUAAUGAUGAGGAGCUCUAUGAAGCCUUUUCCUGCUGUAAGGAACUUGGGGCAGUUGCUCAAGUCCAUGCGGAGAAUGGGGAACUAAUUGCACAGGGGGCAAAGAAGAUGCUGGCAAUGGGAAUAACUGGCCCUGAGGGUCAUGAGCUGUGUCGUCCUGAGGAAGUGGAAGCUGAAGCUACACAAAGAGCGAUUACCAUAGCAAAUGCUGUAAACUGCCCCCUUUAUGUAGUCCAUGUAAUGAGUAAAUCUUCAGCAGAGGUGAUCAGUAAUGCACGAAGAGAAGGAAAGGUGGUUUAUGGGGAGCCUAUUGCUGCAAGUCUUGGCACCGAUGGCACCAACUACUGGAAUAAAGACUGGGCUCAUGCUGCAGCAUAUGUGAUGGGACCUCCACUGAGACCAGAUCCAUCUACUCCUGGUUUCCUCAUGAACUUACUGGCCAAUGGUGACCUGUCUGUGACAGGGACUGACAAUUGCACCUUUGACAUAUGCCAGAAAGCUCUGGGCAAAGAUGACUUCACAAAAAUCCCUAAUGGAGUGAAUGGUGUGGAGGAUAGGAUGUCAGUCAUAUGGGAAAAAGGCGUUCACAAUGGAAAAAUGGAUGAAAACAGAUUUGUAGCUGUUACCAGCACAAAUGCAGCAAAAAUCUUUAACCUUUACCCAAAGAAGGGCAGAAUUGCUGUGGGCUCUGAUGCUGACAUUGUAAUCUGGGAUCCUAAAGCUACAAGGACAAUAUCUGCAAAGACACAUCACCAGGCAAAUAACUUCAAUAUAUUUGAAGGAAUGGUCUGUCAUGGAGUUCCACUUGUGACAGUUUCAAGAGGCAAAGUGGUUUAUGAAUGUGGAGUUUUCAAUGUCACAGCAGGAGAAGGCAAAUAUGUCUCCCGUCCACCAUUCCCUCCAUAUGUCUACAAACGAGUCAGGCAGCGAGAACAGGUAUGUCAACCUGUUCCUGUCAAGAGGGCACCAUACACAGGCACGGUCUCGGGAACACCAGUUGCGAGAAAAUAAGAGGCUCAUUCCCCAGUUUUGGUUGUUGCAGAUAAAAGCAAAUGAAAAUGACCUUGCUGCCCCCACCAGCAGUUCCUCCUGGGUCCAGCAAUCAAUCCACAAUUAACUUCUCAAGAACCAUCAUGAAACAACAGUAACCAAUAAGCAUUAUACUUGGUAGCCUACAUAAAAUUGUCAUUGAAAUUUAUCUUUGAAAAUACUUUUGCUGUAAGAAUCGGAAAAUACUUUUUAGGAAAUGGAGUAAUAAUAGUAAAAAAACCCCUACAAUUAUAA